AUGUGUACACUCCGUUCGGCGGAGGGGGGAGACUCUGCCCAGCUUGCUAGAGUUGAACUCUUUGUGUUCCUUCGUCAUUUAGUCACUCGUUUCAGUUGGGAGCCGGCUGAGGAAGAUAAGCUGGUUUUCUUUCCAACAAUCCCAACACAGAAGCGGUACCCUAUCAAUGUCCGGCGACGAGAUCAGGAACAAGCAGUGUAG